UACUUAACGUGUUGUGAAAGUAGUACAAACUAAACGAAAUUUUUACAAAAUAUUAACUUUUAUUUAAUGAACUGAAGUGCACUCAGAUAUCCAUAAUUACUCGAAAAUGAAACAAAACAACAAAAUAACAAUGCAACAGCAGCGUAACAACAUUAAAUUGCCAACAUUUGACAAGGACGAUAACGAUGCCGAUGGCGAUAGCAAAGUGAGCUUGCGCAAAGGUAUCGAACGUAAGUUGAAAUACCUAUCGGAAUCAAAUCGCUUCACGCCAAGCGCCACACGCGCCAUUCGACGUCGCGGUCAACGCAGCAGUGACGAUGGCGGCAGCAUUGGAGGCGGAUUUAAUCGCGGACGCACGGCGUUGAGGCUUGGCAAGCAUUCGUCCGAGAUGAAGCUAAAAGAGGAGGAGGCAAAACUGCCACGCCUUAAAGUGCCAACCAUACCAAAUUUUGUGCAGUCUCCUCGUCGCAACGGUUUGUCGCCACGCGAUUUUCUCGCCGAGAACGACGAAGACGACGACGAUGAUGAGGAGACAACGUUGCGUGGCGCUCUUCAGGAUGAGUUCGAGAAGCAUCUGGCGAUGGGCGGUCACGGGAUCAAUCGUCGCAAUCGCAGCCACAUGAGCAUCAAGCAUAUGCACAAGCCCACCUACAGCUGCAGCUCGUGUGGCGCUCGUUUCCACAUCAAGUCGCUGCUCGGCGCCCAUCGACGCACUCACGAUGAUGAUUUUAAGGUGCGUUUUCGCGCUCGUCGACCACGCGAUAGCAACACUGCAAUUUCACCGCCACCAGCGAGGGCUACAUCCAAACAGUGUAAAUUCUGUGAUCGCUACUUUGACUUGGAGCGAGCGUUGCACAUACAUCAGUUGUGCCACUGCAAUAAGAUAACACCGCAGCAGCGACGCAAACUUGGCUACACUGAUCUCGCGCACGAAAAGAAGAAUGCGCCGUUGCCAAACUUCCAGCGCAUGCCGCGUGGCUCGCUGCCCGAGCAUACGACACCCGAUCCAAAUAUGCCGUAUGUGGCUUUGGGUCCAGCGGCGCUCAAAAUGAUCGAACAGGAGCAGCAGAUGAAGUCGAAGCGGCGUUCGAUGAAAUAUACGGUUAAGGUAGCGGGACCCAUGGGACGUUGGCGUUGAGACUAUCGAAAGAAAACUCAAAAGAAAAAAAAGAAAAUAA